GUGCGGCAGUCAGAACACCGACGCCGCCCGCACCGGCCGUGAGUCCGGCGCUGCUCGCGACGCGCUGAAAAUCGAUGCACGAUCCGCAAACGGCAUCCAACACUCAUACCUAAGCAUCGGUGUGGGGCUGUCAGCGCAUUGUUGACGCGCUGCAAGCGAUAUCGCGGCGAGUGCAAUAACAGCCGCUAUCACAAUGUCACAGCGACGCCGAUGUCUGUAUUGCCCCCGGCCCUGACGCUUUGUGUGCGUGCAGUAUCGCUGGAACUCGGUUGGUUCUUCUCGUCUCGAUUCAUUAACGCGCUUAGCUUGUCAAUAUACAAAAUCUUAUGUGGGCGCAAAUUGAUCGUGAUUGUGAGGAUCGUAUCGGGUCCGUCUGGUUGACGUGUGAAUUUGUGCAGUGAUCGCGAACACCGCUUCAGUGCAGUGCGUGCCGAGUGAUGUGAGGUUAUUAGUGUAUUAUGGCCAUGUCGAGCGUGGCGAAAAAAGACAAGCCUACGAUGUCGGUGACGGCGCUGAUUAACUGGGCGCGGCCGGCGCCGCCGGGUCCGCAGCAGCCGCCGCCCGCGGCGCCUGCGCCCACCACCGACCUGCGGCAGUUGCAACCGACACCUACUCCCUAUAACAUGCCCACGGUUGAUUGUUCCCUGGACAUGCAAUGGUUGAACCUGGAGGGGGGCUUUAUGUCGCCGAUGUCCCCGCCGGAGAUGAAGCCGGAUACGGCGAUGCUGGACGGGCUGCGCGACGACGCCACCUCGCCCUCCUCCAUCCGCCAGUACCCCCCCAAUCACCCACUCAGUGGCUCGAAACACCUCUGCUCCAUAUGCGGCGACAGAGCUUCUGGGAAACACUACGGUGUUUACAGUUGCGAAGGCUGUAAGGGUUUCUUCAAGCGGACGGUGCGAAAAGAUUUGACGUACGCGUGUCGCGAAGAGCGGAACUGCAUCAUCGAUAAGCGACAGCGGAACCGAUGUCAAUACUGCCGUUAUCAGAAAUGCUUGGCAUGCGGCAUGAAGCGCGAGGCCGUGCAAGAAGAGCGGCAGCGAGCCGCGCGGGGCGCGGAAGACGCCCAUCCCAGCAGCUCUGUCCAAGUAAAGCUAUUGAAUAUGCAAACAAGCACUGAACUGUCGAUUGAACGACUCUUGGAGAUGGAGUCGCUGGUGGCGGACCCCAAUGAGGAGUACCAGUUCCUGCGCGUGGGAACUGAUAGCAACGUGCCACCGAGGUACCGUGCUCCUGUCUCUAGUCUUUGUCAAAUUGGCAACAAGCAGAUCGCGGCUCUAGUUGUAUGGGCGCGCGAUAUUCCACAUUUCGCGCAGCUGGAGUUAGAAGAUCAGAUCCUGCUCAUCAAAGCGUCCUGGAACGAGUUGCUGCUGUUCUCCAUCGCUUGGCGGUCCAUGGAGUACCUGGAGGACGAGCGCGAAAACGUGGACGGAACAAGGACCUCCGCGCUCCCGCAGCUUAUGUGCCUUAUGCCGGGCAUGACUCUGCACCGUAACUCAGCACUGCAGGCGGGUGUGGGGCAGAUCUUCGACCGCGUACUGGCCGAGCUCUCAAUGAAGAUUCGCGCGCUACACGUCGACCAAGCGGAGUACGUCGCGCUCAAGGCCAUCGUGCUGCUCAACCCUGACGUGAAAGGACUGAAGAACCGACAAGAUGUUGAAGUUCUUCGUGAAAAGUUGUUCUCGUGCCUGGACGAACACUGCCGGCGGUUACACGGCUCCGAGGAUGGUCGUUUCGCAGCACUGCUCCUCCGACUUCCAGCACUUCGCUCCAUCUCGCUCAAGAGUUUCGAGCACCUGUACUUCUUCCACCUGGUGGCUGAUGAUCUCAUCGGCGGUUUCAUUCGUGAAGCGUUGCGCAGUCAUGCGCCGCCAAUUGACGCCAAUAUGAUGUAGACGCCGAGGUAAUGACAUCCGUGCUA